AACAUGCUCCCGUCAAAUAACAGAACCCAUUAUAAGAGUGACCCGCACAGGCACACUCACUGCGAUCCUUCGGUUCUCGGUAUCAAUAUUGAAGAUGGUGCUCUCCGUACUUUCUGGCGACCACGCAGAUUCUGGGGCGCUUUGAAGACGGCGAUUCAGAACGCGAGGACAAAGAAGGCCUAGCCACGUUCCUCCACUCUGGGCUAAAUGGGACACGGUGGCUUUUGAGUCGGUGUCCAAGGUUAGCUUCAAUGCUUCAUUGUCAGUUAAUGUUACAAUCCAGGUAGCAAGACGUUACGUUUAGACUUUCGUGUUCUAUGUCUGUAUCACAACAUCUGAGCCUUUUUUUAUUCCUACCAUUGGAGCCUCGGUCCCAGUCU